AAACCCGACAGAAAAUCUUAUGAAUGAUAAUGGUUGAGAUUCACUCCCCUCAAAGCAUACCCCUAAGAUUCAGCAUUGCUAAUGUACGCUUUCGCAGAAAAUCCAUCGACGAUCCGAAAUCACCACCACCUGACCCAUACCCAAUUAAAGCGCGAGACUCAUUGUUUACUAGGUACAACCCAUAUGCAAACUCUCUUGAAGAGAGCUUCGAAAUAGAAAUCAAUCACGGCGUCGUCAUUCGUGAAUUGGCAGCCAGACCCCAAUUUGCUGGACGGAUACCAUCAAAGCGAAGAAGACUCUUGGAACUUGUAGAGCAUUUACACAACCCGGGGAUUCCUGCUGCAAUGGAACAGCUUCGUGACGCCAGCCAUUACAUCAAGGUCAUAAGUCAGACGAUUCAUCGCAUCCAGUCUGCUUCCCACACGGAAUCAAGACAUUCAGUCAGCGACAAUGUUGAGGAAUGCCCGCAAUGCACCCACGCCCUCUAG